CAUUCAUUCUCUCAUUCUCUCAUUCUCCUCUCUCUUUCUCUCAUUCACCUUUUCUUUGCAAGUCAUUAAAAAAAGAAAAAAAAAGAAAAGCGCAACGUGCUCCUUUUUGUUCAUUAUUCUUUCAUUGCUCACUGUCCUGUCCGUGCUUGUGCUUGUUAACGAUCAACUGUCUAUUCCCACUCUCGCCUUUUCUCUUUCUCUCCCUCUCCCUCUCCUCGCUCUGUCUUAAUUCCAUCCAUCACAUUCACCCCCCCGUUAUUUUUUAAUAUCACGACCACGACACGACACUUGACUUGGGCAUGAACUGAACAUUCACCUCAUCUCUCUCUCUCUUUCCUCCCCUUUCCUCUUUUUUUUUUAAACUUUUUCUUAUUACCAACUUACCCUUCACUUGAAUAUCUCCCUGUUGCUUUGCUUGCUUGACUUCUGUCCUCAACCCUGUCCUGUAUCAUUGCCUCUCAUGACACCCUCGGACAGGCUGCCGCACCCGCAACAGCAUCCUCAGCGGCUUCACUAUGCCUCCAGUCCUCCACUCCAACAUCAAUCCCAUCCUCAUCCCCAGCACCAGCACCAGCACCAGCACCAGCAUCAGCACCAGCACCCACACCAUUACCCUCUUCCAACACCCCAUCCACAUCCACAUCCACAUCUACAUUUUCAAUCCCAUCCUUCUUCCCCAUAUCCACAAGAACCCUCUCAGCAUCAAUCCCUUCUACGCCACAACGACUCUUCAGACCAUUAUCAAUCCCAUCCCCAUCACUCUCAUCCUCACCGACAACAGUUCUUGACUCAUCCUUCAAUUCCUACCUCUCCAUACACUGCCCCAUACCCUCUAUCCGAACCCCAGCGUGCCCUUCCUACUCCUUCACACCUGACAACUCCUCCUACACAACGACACCAUGGCUCAGACUCUUAUUUCUACCGUGACCAUUCAGACAGUCGUUACUCUCCCGCAACUCAAUACACUCCACAACAGCAUCAUGACCAUCCACCCUUGUCUGCCCAUCACGAACCUCCAUCACGCCACCAUUCCUCCACACUCCAGUACUCUGAUCGCUCUCCCGAUCGUUCCCUUCCCUACUACUCUCAUUCACCCCAUGGAUCACCCUAUGAACCUGAUCCUCAGAGGCUCUCACCCCAAGCACGAACACUGCAGCCUCGUACUCAAGAGCACACGUGGAAUCAGCAAGGGUCUUCUUCUUCAUCAGUCCCCUCUUUUCAACCUGAUCAGUCAAUGGACCAGAAUGCAGAUUCGACUUGCACUCAACGACCCGAUCGCCAUUACGUCCUGACCAGCGUCAACUCGACUGCUUCCACAUUUACACAGAGGCAACUCUCCGUCUCCACCUCGGCCAAUUACUCUGCCGUUACCUCUACGUCCGCAUCAGCCAUGCCCUCUCCCUUAUCCUCCUCACCUCUAUCCACACAACGUCAACCUGCGCACGGUGACGAGCCUUCGUUCGUCCACGAGCGUCAGGGUCGAGAUAACGGUACAAAAGUGCCCCAACCGAGACCAACACCUAUCCGCACGAAACUGAGCAGGGACUUGAGCCGGGAGUGUCCACCCCUGUCGUUCCAGAGUAGCUCCAGUCAAUCCACAGGUAGAACAGAAAGCAGAGCCUCACCCUCAACACCACGCUCCUCCAUGCUCCCCUCCAUGAUGCCAAGUUCUGCAUUUGAUGAAUCAAGAUCCGGUCUUUUUGAACACUCAAAGAGUAUCCAUCCCACCCCUUUUGAUCAACAUCAUCACCUUCUGAAACAUAACCAUUUUCAUCAGCAGACGACCCAGAGAUCCAUCUACGUCUUCCCAUCGCCUGUUGAGUAUCGCGACUCGGGUCUUUACCGCGAUGAUCAUGAUAUGGAACAUUGUUCUGAGCAGGACGAUGUUCGCGAACGUGAACAUGAAGAGGAAGAUGAGGAUGAGGAUGAAGAUGAAGCUCAGCAUGCUAGAAAAAUUGCUCGACAUAAUCUGGCAACAGGCGCCAAGGAUAGGGAUAGGGAUAGGGAUUGUGAUAAGGAUAAGGAUCGAUCAGGAGUUUCCACUCAAAAUAAUGUUCAUCAUCCUCAACAUCAUAAUAAUAAUAUUAAUAAUAAUGGCCAGUUUGUACGCCCGUCCAAAAAUGGAGUGGACGAAGAAGGCGAUGACGCUGAGGAUGGCAGUGGCAGUGGCAGUGGCAGUGGCAGUGGCAGUGGUAGUAGCGGUAGUCGGAAGCCAAGUUUGACAAACAGUCCGCCGAGGGAAGAAUCAAAGUCAUUGCGGAAAAUCGCCAAACCUAAAACUGCUCAAAAGGGAGGAUCAGGAACAGGAACAGGGGCAGGGAUAGUCUCCCGACCACCUUCAUUCCAGGCGGCCCUGGAAGACGCGAUUGCAGAAUUUGAGGAAGAGGGUCAUGGCCAGGAUGGAUCUGGUGCACAAUCCCUGAAGGGCCAAGGACUCGGCCAUUAUGCUCCACUCGUUUGUGAUCUUGUGGAGAGAAGACGUGUUACCACUUAUAAUGAUCUUGUACAAGAUCUUGCGAGUAGUCAGCCGAUUGAGCGCGCAGAGGGCAUGACGACUCAAGAACAAGGGAACAUCCGUCGCCGAGUCUAUGACGCCUUGAAUAUUUUGGAGGCACUUGGUAUUAUCUCUAUGGACAAAAAGGAAAUCCAUUGGAUCGGGAUCUUGGAUUCGAAACCGAUUCGGGAGGUCUCUCGCAAGGUUCAACUUGCCAAUCCAUCACCACCCCAGACUGUAUACUCCUCUCCUAGGCUUCAACAACGUGAGCGUGAUGGAGCGGAUGAAAGUGAGGAACCGGAGGAUGAUGAGAUGGAGAUUGAACAAUUGCAGAAAGAGGUGGAGGCUAUGAAACUUCGUAACGCUCUUGAAUUGGCUCGUCUUCAAGACCAGGUCGCUCGUCAUGUCCAAGUAAAUAACCUUAUUGAACGUAAUAAGCUCCGGGAAGAAAAAGAGUUGGAGCGACAAUUACGUCGACGUCAAAGGAAACAGGAACGGAAGGAGGAGAAGCGGGCACAGGCAUUAUUAGGCUCUGGUGCGACUGCUCUUAAUGAUGGCGAAUCGAUGGAUGUUCAGGAUGAUGCUGGGGAGGCGGAGGUACAGGCAAGGAAAUCAGAGAGACGUCAUCGACAUCAUCGCCAUCGUUCUCCAAGGAUCGAUAGAGAGAAAGAUGGAGAGGAUGCAGUACAGGUUGAUGGAGCGAAUGUUGAAUCGGGAGUGGAGAUGAUGGAUGAGGAGACUGCUCGAAAGAUCCGUAAACAGGAACGUAGGGAGAGACGGGAACGUAAGGAGAAACGAGCACAGAGACGACUAGAGAGAGAGUCUGCAGCAUGUGGAGAGGAAAAUGGAGAUGUUGAGCAGAUUCAGUUGCCCUUUGUGGGUGUCAAGAUCCCACGGUAUGCAGGACAGAGCUCCGAUUCUGAAGCUAGUAUAUCAGUAGUGCGCCGUGUACGUGAGGAGCAGCGAUCCCGAAAGAGUGGCAAGAGUAAGAAACAGGGUCAGAGCACGAAUGGAGAUGAGACGACCAUGGUAGAGAUCAAGAUACCGCAUCAGGAGGAGUUGAGCAUCAUCUCGGACACGGAGAUCCUUGGGGACUUGGGACUGAACCAGGUACCACUGAAUGAUCUCAAGGCUAUGCUUCCGGAGGAAGCAUUCAACAAAUUCAGUUAUACCACCACUACUACUGAAAAUGGCGACGUCAUCGCGACAGUCCAGGGUGGAUUUGAGCGCGCCAUCGUAUGCUCUGGUGCUAAUUAAUAAUUUAUUUUAUUUUACUUUAUUUUAUUAUAUUUAUUUAUUUAUUUAUUACUGUGUAUUUUUCGAUUUUACUUUUUACUUUUAACUUUUAACUUUUAUUUUCUUUCUUUCUUUCUUUCUUUGCCAC